CCUCCUCCCCGCUGCCUUCCCGGCGGCGGCGGCGGCGGGCGGCCGAGCCGCUCGGGCCCGGCAGCGCUGCCCAUGGGGGAGUGCGGGGUGCCCCCCCAGGUCCAGCUCUUCCUCCGCGCCUGCGAGCAGGGCGACUGCGAGACCGCCCGACGCCUCCUGGGGCUGCCCGGCAGCGGCGGCGGCCCCGCCGACCCGGCGGCCCCCUCCUCGUCGGCGUGCGGCCCCGAGGAGCCGGCGGAGCCCCGCGGCGAAGCGCCGUCCCCGCCGAGCCCCGCCGUGCCCGUGGACUGCACGGACGAGGCCGGCAACACCGGGCUGCAGUUCGCCGCGGCGGGGGGCCACGAGCAGCUGGUGCGGUUCCUGCUGCGGAAGGGCGCCUCGGUGCAGAGCAGGAACCACUACGGAUGGAGCCCCCUCAUGCAGGCGGCCAGGUUUGGACAUCUAAGUGUUGCCCACAUCUUGCUGGAGAAUGGCGCUGAUCUCAACGCACAGAACAAGUUAGGAGCCAGUGUCCUCACCAUGGCCUCCAGAGGCGGCCACGUCAGCAUGGUGAAGUUGUUGCUGGAAUCUGGAGCUUUUGUGGACAAUUAUGACCAUUUUAGUACAAAUGUACUUAACAGCAGCAGAGACGACCUUCCUGAUAUCACUCCACUGAUGGCAGCUGCUCAGCAUGGACAUGAGGCCGUGGUACAUCUGUUGCUAGACUGGGGAGCUGAUUGUAACUACACUCUAAAGACAAUGGGCUGGAGUCCUUUAAUGCUGGCAGCUGUUAGUGGAAAGGUGAGCUUGGCACAGCAGCUCAUGGAGAAAGGUGCCAAUCCUGAUCACUUGAAUGUACUACAUAAAACACCUUUUGAAAUCUCUGUUGGCUUCAAACACAAAGACAUGAAGGACUAUUUGGAGUCUCUCACAACGAUCAGGCCUCAGGCAGAUGCAGAAAAGAGGCAACCUGAUGUCUUUCAUGCUUUGAAACUGGGAAACUUUCAGCUGGUUAAAGAGAUCACUGAUGAAGAUCCGAGUCAGGUUAAUAUUACCAAUGUUGAUGGUGCAUCUCCUUUAAUGAUUGCAGCUGUAACUGGACAGCUGCCCCUUGUUCAACUCCUUGUUGAGAAAAAGGCUGAUAUUGAUAAACAGGAUAAUGUUCAUGGCUGGACAGCACUAAUGCAGGCCACGUACCAUGGAAACAAAAAUGUUGUAAAGUAUUUGCUAAAUCAAGGAGCUGAUGUUAACCUUCGUGCAAAAAAUGGAUACACAGCUUUUGACCUGAUAAUGCUGCUGAAUGAUCCAGACACUGAGCUUGUAAGGUUACUGGCAUCAGCAUGCAUGCAAGUAGAUAAAGACAAGAAUAAACUGAACAACAGAUCAUCUCUGCCUUGUUCCAGAAGUAGACAAUCCUUAAAUGUCCCAAUGUUGCCAGAUGACAAAGGAGGCCUAAAGUCCUGGUGGAGCAGGAUGUCCAAUCGAUUCCGCAAGCUGAAGUUGACUCAGACUUUGCGCCAUGGAUUUCCUUCUAAUCAGUUUGUGCCUUUUCCGGAUGAGACGGAACCAUCACUAAAUUCCACUAUAAAAGUAGCCUCACAGAGUGAUACAGACACCUCUGGAAACCUUGAUGCUGCUACAGCUUGGAACACGAAUAACAAAGCUAGUGGUGCAAGCACUACGAAAGGAGGAAAGGACGAUGAAUUAUUGACAACUAUGCUGAGGAGUAGUGCUCCAUUUACCAGGCUGCCCAGUGAUAAACUGAAAGCAGUGAUACCACCUUUCUUACCACCCUCAAGCUUUGAGCUUUGGAAUUCUGACCGAACCCGACUCAGCAAAGAUGGCAAAGCUGAACAGAUGAGAACUGCCUGGCCACAGAGAGCAAUCAAGCACGAUUUUAACAGCAGUGGGAACUCUGAUAUAACAUCUGUUAGCAAAGGUGCUAGACCAGUCAAAUUACCAACAUUUGCAAGAAGACCAGCAUCUCCUUCAAAUUCCAACAACUUCAACCAUUCUCCGCAUUCUUCAGGUGGAUCCAAUAACAUUGCAGGAAUUAACAGGCAUGGAGGAGAGCUGCAUAACAGAUCAGGUGGCAGUGCAGAUAAUGUUUUGUCUCAGAUUGCAGCCCAAAGAAGAAAAGCAGCCGGCUUACCUGAACAGAAACCCAGCCAACAGCACAGUCCAGUCCAGUCAACUCCAUCAUCUACUGUGUCAGAUUUGCAGUGUGCUCAGAUUGUUGGCAAUGGACAUGUUGUAAAGCAAAAACUGGAGAUGAACAAAAGACCUCCAUCUGGGACUUCAUCUACAUCUAAAAGUACAUCUCCAACUCUCACACCCUCUCCAUCACCUUCCCCAUCUCCUAAGAUUCAAAAUGCAGAGUCUUCUGUCUCUUCUUCUCACAGACACGCCAAGAGCAACGGCUCCAGCAGUGGUACUAUUACAGAGGAUGGCAACCACUUGGUGGACCAUCAACAGCUUGGGCCACUUCUGAGAGACAGUGAUGUAGAGAAUCAUGAAAGACAAAACCAUAUGACAGUAAAAGAAGGCUCUGAAAGCUUGGAGAAAGAUGAGCUGACUGGCAUCCUUAAAAAAUUGUCACUUGAGAAAUAUCAACCUAUAUUUGAGGAGCAGGAGGUAGAUAUGGAAGCUUUCCUCACACUUACUGAUGGUGAUCUGAAAGAGCUGGGUAUUAAAACAGAUGGAUCAAGGCAGCAAAUUUUGGCUGCUAUUUCUGAACUGAAUGCAGGAAAGGGUCGAGAGAGACAGAUUUUACAAGAAACUAUACACAACUUCCACUCUUCCUUUGAGAGUAGUGUUAGUAAUACACGACCACCAGGUCAUUCCCAACCUCCUGGCUGCUCUUUAAAACCACAAGAAGCUGUUUCUUCUAAAAGGUAGUUACUGGAACAAAAGUUGUUUUUGUUUGUUUGUUCUUUUAUGGUGAAGUUUGGCAUCUAAGUAAAUCCAGACAAAUCCAUACGAAUGAAAAUUGGAAAAGUUAGUCCUGACUAUACUGACAUAGGAUUUUCUGCAGUAACGUGCUUAAAAUACAGAACCCACAGAAAGCCAAAGGAAAUAAUAAAGAGAUUGCUUCUGUAGUUCAACCCAAGUGUUGAAUUGUUGAAAGCAUCAGUGGUCUGGAUUUAAGAAGAAAAUCAGAAGAGCAGGGAGAAUGGAUGAACAUGCAAGAAGAUGGAUGUUUCAUUCCACUCUUACCCAUAGAUAAAGAAGCCAUAGGAGACCUACGUGGACACAGUCAAGAGCAACAAAAGCACAGAAGAAGGCCACUGCAAAUUAUGACACCUUCUACAUGGGGAAAUGCAUAAACUAAAUAUGCCUCUAUUGACUGGAUACAGAUAAAGGAGUCUGGAUUGAAAAUGCAAUGAUGUCAUGGGAAGGAAUAUAAAGGAGAAGUAAUGCUGCAUUCUUCAAUAACCAAAAUGUACUUUAUCUAUUCAAUAUUAUGAGCUUAGAACAGCAGCAAAAGUAAAAAACUAAAUACCUAUUUGUAAAAACAGCACUUUAUUUGAGAAAAUGCAUAAUCUGUCACCAAUAUUUAAACAGAAAAAAUGUUAAAAUAUUUUAUAUUGCUGACUUUUUUUUUUGAGAAUAAAACCAUUUAUGUGA